AUGAGUUUGAGAAUGCAAUAAUGACGGGAGCAUGCUGCAAACCAUUGCGGAGUAACUUUGGGAUGAAGUUCUGAAGUAAAGCUUGAGUGAAUGCCGUGCCAUGCCAUUGAGGUACAGCCAAGAAGAUUAGUUUGUGAAACCCUCUGAGGAAAUGGGAUUCAUUUCAGAGUUAAAAAGGAUCAGCUCAAAACAACAAAGCAGCUCAAAGACGAGUAAGGAGGAUAAGUUGAAAUCUAAGAAUGGUGUUGGUUCUGCCAUAUGCGGUGAUCUCAAUUACAGAGCACAGCAGGUUGCGGAUUGGAAGAGUCACAACCAUGAGAAGGUAAAAGGAAAUGCAGGUAGGAAGGAUGAGCUUGUCAAGCACAUGACAAAUUUACCAGGUUAUCUCUGGAGCACUGAUGGAGAAGAAAACGUUCGCGGAAAGGCUUUAAAUGUUGGGGUUCUAGAUUGGACACGACUUGAAAAAUGGAAUCACAAGCAAACGAAUGUCCCAGCAUUUGGUACCAAUUUCACGUCAUUCAGUGUCAGGGAAUCAACCUCAAGAGUGUUCCCUAAAUCAUUUGCAAGUGCUGGUCUUAAUGACAAACUUGUUAACCAACGAGGUUUCCUAUCUUCAAGUACUAAGGCAUCUUAUAAGGGAGGCUUUCCUGAAAAUUCCAAACAACCAUUUCAGAAUGUCAAACAAUCUCACUACUCUAAAUCUGAAGCUGAGAGCAUUACAGAUGAGCAGAGAGUCGUACCCCCAACAUAUGAGUCCUUCAGGAGAAAUCACAUAGAGUUAUCGUUUGAAAAGGUGAAGAGGAAACACUCAGAUAAAAUGACUCUACAGAUGGGAAACCUUGCAUCGAACUUGCGGCACCAAGGGUUCUCACAAGUUCCUAACAGAAACAUGAAUGUUGGAGCUGAUAAGAGCUUGGAGGGAUUACAGGAUUCUAGCCUAAAGAAGAAUAGCAAAAUUCGUGAGUCUACUUCUGGCAUGGGACUUGCUUCAUUAAAGCCAAAAGGCGAAGGGGUCUCAUGCUAUUCUAAGAAGAAAACGAGUGUCUGCAAUAGUGAAGUUAAGAAAGCGGCAGAGAAGCCUUCAGAGUCAGAUAUCAAUAUUGGUCACAAACCAUGCUAUGACAAGCCAAGUAAUGUCGUGCUUCUUCACCCGCAAGAAAUUAUCCAAUCAAGUAAUCCACGGGUUCACCAACCAAGAAUGCCUUUUGAUGAGAACGUAAAAGAAUCAAGUCAAGGCGGACCGUCAGAUGUUUCCCUUAUUGAUGAUGUUUACUCUGAAUAUGUAAAUUUUGAAAUUCCACACUCAUGUCCAUUACCCUGUGUGGUUGAGCCAGCUCCAACAGCGAAAUUCGAGCAACACAAAAGUAAUGUUGAUCGGGAUAGUAGUCAUUCUACUACUGGGUCCAAGAAGAUGUAUAGCUUGCAGUUUGAAGGUGCGUACGAUGAAAAGAAUGCAUUAGAUGAUAAGCUCGGAAAUCAUUGUGUUCACGAUAACUCAAAUAAAUCAGGGGAUCUAGAAACCGCUGAACAGACAGCUCCGAAAGGAAGGACUCCAUCACCCAAUCGUCGGUUUAGCUUCAGUUUAGGACGGAUUGGAAGAAGUUUUAGUUUCAAAGAGGGGUCAGGGUCCUCUCUGCCACAGUUUCGCUCCACAUAUGUCAGCGUAAAGUCUGGUCCUGUGACUUCUGAAUCUUCUGAUUGUUUGGAUAAUUCAAGCAAGGAGAAGGUGCGCAGUCAUAGGAGAACCGGGUCCAGCCCCUUUCGAAGAAUAUUAGAGCCUAUAUUGAAGCACAAGUCAACGGAGAUGCACCACUCAGCUCAAAGAAGCCAAGCAACUAAAGGAACCAUUGGUCCAAUUAACUUCAAGACAAACAGUGUCAAGGAAUCAAUAUCGCAUGCUGAAAAGAGCGAGGGCUCCUCAAUUCAAGCUCUUUUGCAUCUUACAAUAAAAAAUGGAGUCCCUAUAUUCAAAUUUGUGCUCAACAAUGAAAGAAAGAUUCUCGCUGCCACCAUUAAAAAAUCAGCCUCCCCGGAGAAGGAUGACUCAGGUUGUUUUACAUUUUACCUCGUCGAUGAGAUUAAAAAGAAGAGUGGUGGAUGGAUAAGUAACAGAAGCAAAGAUAAAAGUUCUCGUUAUGUCCACAAUGUUGUUGGCCAGAUGAAGUCUUUAAGCUCAACAACUGCUAAACCAAGCAAUAAGAGCUCUAAGACGCAGUGUUUUGUCAAAGAAUUUGUUCUAUUGAGUGUUGAAAUUGGCCAGAAAGAUCAAAUAACACCUAAGUUCAUCCCGAGCCAGGAGCUUGCAGCAGUCGUUGUUGAGAUCCCUUGCGGAAAUGUCAGCCAAGGAGCAGAUCAUGAUAUUAACUUUCUGACCAAUGAAUGCCUAAAGUGCUUGGCAGAAGAUAGCUGCUCAUGCAGCUCAAAAGAAAAUGAUGUCUCCAGUAGAACUACAGUCAUACUACCAGGUGGUAUCCAUGGUUCACCCAGCAAAGGCGAACCCUCCCCAUUGAUCUAUCGAUGGAAAACUGGUGGAUUGUGUGAUUGUGGGGGGUGGGACAUUGGUUGCAAACUGCUUGUCCUUUCAAACCAAAAGGAAAGAUCAAUUAUAACUCGAGGUUCAAAAUCUCAUCCAAGGCGUUUCCAACUUUUUGUUCAGGAAGGAGCUGAACAAAACAGACCCCUUUUCACUUUGAUGCCACUGAAGGAUGGAUUCUUCUCAGUGGAAUUCAGUUCAUCGAUCACUCAUUUGCAGGCAUUUUUCAUUUCAGUUUCUCUUUUAAGCUGCCAGAAAGAAAUUGCGUUAGAAAUAAAUAAGACGCAUGAGGCCUCUAAGCAACUCAGUUCAAAGAACAAUGAUGGACUCCAACAGAAAGAACAUAUAAAAUAUACUCCCAUCCCACCACUCUCCCCUGUAGGCAGAGUCUAGUUCUAGAUUCUCAGUUCUUUUCCAAGAAUAUAGUUAGCUCAUGAAGAUCUCCCGAGUUCUUCCUCUGUUUUUUCUUUUCAUACAUGAAAUGUGGUGAAGUCCUUUUUCACCAAAGUUAAAGUUGUUACAGGCAAGUAGGUCUCUGUAUGCUCUUCGUGCUCUUGCUUGCACUCUACUACAGCAAGCGCUAUGUAUAAUAUGAAAUCUGUAUCUAGUUACAAUUUACAGAAGCCAUGAACAAUGACGCCAAUUUUUUAUA